AUGUCAAACUCCGCUUUCGGCAACGACACAAAGGUGGACCCUAACCUUCCCGUCACCGCGGACGGUGUCACGUACCACCUGAGCUGCAAGAGCAGCGACCUUGCUGACCGCGUCAUCCUCGUCGGUGACCCGGGCCGCGUGAAGUAUGUUGCCGAGUUCUUCGACGCGGGCAGCAUUCGUUUCCGCAGCGAGCACCGUGAGAUUUUCAUCGCCACCGGAACGUACAAGGGCACACCCGUGUCUGUGCUGAGCACCGGUAUGGGUACGGACAACGUUGAGAUUGUGGUGAACGAGAUCCACGUGCUGAAGGAGUAUGACCUCGAGACCCGCCAGUGGCGCCCGCGUGUCGGUGAUGCCUCUGCGCCGAAGGACGCGAAACUCUUCGACCCCUCAUCGGUCAAACUCAUCCGCGUCGGCACGUGCGGCUCGCCCUACCCCGAGAUGCCCAUCUCGGCGCUCGCCAUCACGCGCUACGUGAUCGGGAUGGACAACACGUGCCUGUUCUACAAGGGUGGCAAGACGGCGCCGUCGAAGGACCUGGAGGAGGUGCGCCGCGUGACGCGCGAGCAGUCGGGUCUCGGGGCCAUCGACGUGUACACCACGAAGGCGCACCCCGCCAUCACGAAGAGCAUUGUGACGGCGUGCGAGGCGUUCAACAGCAGCCGGGCGGCGGGCACGCCGGAGCAGGCGUACGUUGUCGGCACCACCGCCACGGCAAGCGGCUUCUACGCCUGCCAGGGUCGCGCUGUGGGCCGCUUCCGCGAGCACCUCACGGUGCCGAACCUGGUGGCGGAGCUCUCGAAGCUGAAGUUCAAUGUGAGCGAAGGCACGGAGUUUGUGGCCAACAUCGAGAUGGAGUCGAGCUCACUGUGCUACCUGUCGAACCUGCUGGGGUACCAGUCGGGGACGGUGUGUGCGGUGGUGGCGACGCGUGCUGGGGACCAGCAUAUUUUUGCGACGGCUGAGCAGACGAAGACGGCGCUCGCCAACGGCAUCCGCAUUGCUCUGGAUGCCAUUGUCUCCGCCUAA